UAUUCUUUUAAUGGAAGACGUCCUAACUAUGACGGUCUCCGCGAUCAAGUCGCCGGCCGAAUCUUCUUCAUGUUAUCGUUGUGCGUUAUCGGCAGGAACAGAUCUAAGUUCUGGAGAAGUUUCAAUUUCAGAUGCUGAUGUUCGAAUUCUUACUUCUGGUGGAUUAAGAAUUCCCGUACAUGCUAGUGUUCUGGUUUCGGUUUCAUCUGUAUUGGCGAAGAUCAUAGAUCGACCCCAAAAGGAUCGGAACUCCAAGAAGAUCGUCCCCAUACUGGGCGUUCCUUGCGACGCGGUGCUCGCGUUUGUCCGAUAUCUCUAUUCUUCCAGAUGCUCGGAGGAAGAAAUGGACAAGUACGGGAUCCACUUACUGACGCUGUCGCACGUCUUCUCGAUACGCCAGCUAAAGCUGAGAUGCACUAGAGGGUUAGCUGCGCGUUUGACGAUAGAAAACGUGGUGGACAUGCUUCAGCUGGCAAGGCUCUGCGACGCGCCGGAUCUUUACCUCAAAUGUAUGAAGAUGGUCUCCAAGGACUUGAAGGCCAUCGAGAAGACGGAAGCAUGGAAGUUCUUGCAAGAUCAUGAUCCCUGGCUCGAGCUCGAGAUCCUACAAUUCCUCGACGAAGCCGAAUUGAGGCAGAAACAGAGGAUUAAGGAGAAGGAGGCGCAGAGUUUGUAUCUGCAACUGAACGAAGCGAUGGAGUGCCUGGAGCAUAUCUGCACUGAGGGGUGUACGAGUGUGGGACCUUAUGACAAGGAGCCGAGCAUGAGCAAGGGUCCUUGCCAGAAGUUCUCCACGUGUCAGGGAGUGCAGCUCUUGAUUCGACAUUUUGCCACGUGUAGUAGAAAGGUCCGUGGUGGUUGCUGCCGGUGCAGGCGGAUGUCGCAGCUCUUCCGACUUCACUCCUCCAUCUGCGACCAUGCCGAUACUUGCAAGGUUCCUCUUUGCAGGCAAAUCCAACCAAAAACGCAAUUAGGGAAAAAGGGUGAUGAUGCAAGGUGGAAACUACUUGUGAGGAAAGUGUUGGCGGCCAAAGUUAUGUCCUCUUUGAGGUUGCCCAACCCUAAAAGAAAGGACUUGGAACCAACAAGACUACAAGAGUAGGACUAGAAGGAGAACCGUACCAUGGAUGAUGACGAAAA